UAUCUCCGUUUUUUUUCCCCCCUCCUGGGUCAGAAAAAUUUUAAAUAAAUACCAAAACACGAUGGCAUUUUAAAGACCCUAAAAAUGUUACAGUAAUUUGAUUGGUUAUUGCAAAAUAGCUCUGGACAAAAUAAGAAACAAAGAAAAAAAAAACUACAAGACUUCCCCCUGGCAGAAGUGGUUGUCACAAAGACUGUCUAGCAUGGUGUAUCUCCCUGGACAGGUGGAGGUGCCCCGGAGAAAAGACACAAACCCCGAGGCAGGUAACUGAAUGCCAUCAAAGACACCUAAUCUGAGCAUGCGCACCCAUACCUCAGAGUUGCUAAGGCUGGGAGGAAGAUAGAGGUGCAGGAUACAGCGAGAGCCAAUCAGAGGGUGCAAAAACUAAUCAGUUAGCCAAUCCAGAUUCAAAAGUGAAUCAGGUCCUCCGCAUUCUGCUCACCCCACCCGUAUCCAAUCAGAGACGCGGCUACUUUGGGCGGACUUUUCAAAACGGGGGAAACAAAACAAAUCGGGGACCUUUAAAAGGUGUGAUGCGACUAGAAAUGAUCUCCUUCCGCCUCUCAACCAGCUCACUGCCCUUUCCUCCUUUCAAUUGUGAAAUGAGACGGAUGCCCAGACUCCACCCACGGCCUUUGUAACUGGGCGGGGGCUGGCUAGGUACAGCCUAGGAGAGCUGUGGAGGCCCAGAGAGACACUGGACACUGUGGCUUAGAGGCGGGACUCUUUUUCAAAGUCUGUGGAGGAAGUGAAGGAUUCCUCCGCGGAGAGUCACGUGCCCCGCCCCCUUGGGGGCGUCGAAAACUCAAAACAAAAACAAGGGCUUUGCUGGGGCCUCGCUGAGGCUAAGGCGGUGCAGGUAGAGGCACCGGCAGUGAGGGGUCAGCGUUGUGCCCAGAGCUGGGUGGGCGCUGGAGGGAGCAGGAUGAAGACAGGGCUGUAAGGCCGAGGCGGCCGUGGCAGGAGGGAAGGCUGGGAUGUCGGCCCCGGGGCACCGCUGAGGCGGCAGGUCCCAGACCUCAGAGACGGAGACGGGUCCGGCGCCCCCACCGCACCCGGUACACUCUGAAGUGCAACGCCAGGGGCCGUGGAGGCGCAUCUUUGGCACGAUGAAGGAUUUGGGGGCAGAGUACUUGGCAGAUCGUGAAGGAGUUCAGCUCCUUGGAUUGUUGAGUUUCUAUCUGGAACAAGAGCAGAGAUUCCAACCUCGAGAGAAAGGGCUGAGCUUGAUCGAGGCUACCCCAGAGAAUGAUAAUACUCUGUGUUCAAGAUUGAGAAAUGCCAAAGUAGAAGAUUUAAGGAGUUUAACUAACUUUUUUGGAUCUUGCACUGAAACGUUUGUUCUAGCUGUCAAUAUUUUGGACAGAUUCUUGGCUCUUAUGAAGGUGAAACCUAAGCAUUUAUCUUGCAUUGGAGUCUGUUGUUUUCUACUGGCUGCUAGAAUAGUUGAAGAAGAAUGCAAUAUUCCGUCUAUUCAUGAUGUAAUCCGGAUUAGUCAGUGUAAAUGUACUGCUUCUGACAUAAAACGGAUGGAAAAAAUAAUUUCAGAAAAAUUGCACUAUGAAUUGGAAGCUACUACUGCCUUAAACUUUUUGCACUUAUAUCAUACUAUUAUACUCUGUCAUAUAUCAGAAAGGAAAGAAAUACUGAGCCUUGACAAACUAGAAGCUCAGCUGAAAGCUUGCAACUGCCGACUUGUCUUUUCCAAAGCCAAACCAUCUAUAUUAGCUUUGUGCCUUCUCAAUUUGGAAGUAGAAACUUUGAAAUCCGUUGAAUUACUGGAAAUUCUCCUGCUUGUUAAAAAGCAUUCCAAGAUUAAUGACACCGAGUUCUUCUAUUGGAGGGAGCUAGUAUCUAAAUGUUUAGCUGAAUAUUCUUCUCCUGAAUGUUGCAAACCAGAUCUUAAGAAGUUAGUUUGGAUUGUUUCAAGGCGCACAGCUCAGAACCUCCACAAUAGCUACUAUAGUGUUCCCGAGUUGCCAACAAUCCCAGAGAGGGGUUGUUUUGAUGAAAGUGAAAGGACUCUUGUGAAGAUAUGAGUUGUGGAGAAGAGAGUCUCAGCAGUUCUCCACCCAGUGACCAAGAGUGCACCUUCUUUUUCAAUUUCAAAGUGGCACAGACACUGUGUUUUCCAUCUUAACUGAUUGUUCUGUGUCAGAGUUUAAAAUAUGUCUACCAGUUUUAAAGCAAUAAAUGGGGGAGUAGGUGGUUUUCUAGUCCAGCCCCCAUCUAGGCAGGAAUUACAUGGACUAGAAUACCUACCUUCUAUUUAUUAUUCAGAUCAGAUCUGGCCUAUUUUCAUAUUUAAAUCCUAAGCCAUCAAAUGGGUUAGUGCCUCUUAAAUAAUUAACAAUACUUUAGACAUUGGCACUUUAUUUUUGUUGUUGGUCUUUAGCUAUUUGGGGCAGGAAGGAAGGUGCUGAUACCUUUAAUUUGUUACUUUUCAAGAAGAUUUUUAAAGUUGAGUAGUGUUGCUUAAGCUUUUUUAUAAAGCCUUCAGGUGUCUUUAUUUAACAGAUUGGGAGUGUGCAAGUACUUCCUUAGCAGGGACAAUGGUUAAUCUCUUCAUGGUUUAUCUUAGAUUUUCUUCUCUCAUUCUCAGAACAGAGACUACACAGUAUUCUUAAAUGUCAAACAUUUUCUGUUGCUUUUUAAGUGACCAUUGUACUAUUUGAUGCAGAUCCUAUAAACUUAGGAAUUGUUAACAUUUCUGUGAAUUUUAGUAUAUAAUGUCUUUAAUUGAGGUUUCUGCUAAAGCAGAAAUAAUUGUUAAGCUAGAGUUGUUAGAUAGUUGAAUCCUUAAUGCCUAAGUAUUGUCAGACUAUAGUAUUAUUUUAAUGUUAUUAAAAAAUCCAUAAUCUGCUAGUUUUGCAUGUACCUGUAUGAAAGCAGUACAGGAAGUUAAACAGAACUAGGUUAACUAUGGAAUUGAUAAAUGUUGAUUUAGAAGCACAUUUUAUCUCAUUUUCUUAUAUUAAAAAGUCUGCAUGAUCACAUUUUAUUUCAUUUGUAAUUCACAUUUCAAAAAUAAUGUGUUAGUAUAUGGGUGCCAAGAUUUUAAUAUGAAGUAAAAAGAACUCCAGUGUUUGUAGUAUUAUAGUUUUAAGCAAAUCUGUUGUGAUCCAGCUGUAAGGAUGGGGAUAUAUAAAAACUCUGUACACCUAAGAUUUUGUACAGAGAAUUUUUAACUUUAUAAAACUGUAUAUGAAAAUGUAAAUCUUUAAUAUUGUACAUAAAAUACUGUAUUUUUUUACCUUGUGUGUGUGAUAGUCUAGUCAUUGCAUGUAAAUAUAAUUUAUUAUGUAUUUGGUGUUAUAAUUAGACAUGGAUGACUUACUUUUUUACUGGUAAGUCAACAUCCAUUGGAUGUUUUCUGAAGUGGAUCUUUUUGAAGUGAUAAUAGAUUAUAAUUCAAUAAAAAUAUCAUUGAAUUUUUGUUUGCAA